CCUGAAUGACCCCAUACCGCCGUGCGCACGCGGGAUCCCUGCAUCUGCGAGAGCGCUGUGCCGCUGGGUUUGGGUGGGUCGAGUGUGACAGAGAGGCCAAAAUGGAGGUGGAAACCGAGAGGGCGACGGCGGCAAUGCCGAUUUUCCUGUCGUUCCGGUGUUCAGGUGAGGCCUUGGAUCCCCCUAUCUUUCUUUACCGCGACCGGUCUGCGGUCACCGUGUGUGCUAGCCAGCGGCGUGUUCUCUUUCUCGUCUGAUCCCGUGAUUUCUUGGCGCGGGUUGCCAAUAUUCCCGGAGGAGGUAGGGGCGGCGGCCUGUGAUGUAAACGAGAGAAGCGAGAUUGGAAGCAGGGGAGCGACGGGCCUGCGACGCCGCCAGUAGGGACAGCGGCCGGGCGGAGUCCGGGGGAUCUGCAGUGAAACCAGAUUCGCGAGUGCCCGGCUGGAUUAAGAAGCACUGGUUGUGUUUUAGCUGACACUAGGCUUCAAUUUGACAAGUGGUAGAAAACUGAAAAGGUGUUAUUGCUAGAUUUGCCUACUGAUGCUGCUGCGCAAGGUGUCAUCACAUGGCUGCCACUGGCAUUUUUGGGUGCCAAAAAAAAAUCCUAGAGUGCAUUGCAAGUGAAGGGGUACUUUUUUCUUUGGAAAAUUCACCCUUACAAAUUCUGAACUGAAUCACUGUGAUGGCGCCAGAAAAGAAUUCUGAACUUAAGGUAAAUGAUGUUACCCUGAAAAUUCUGAACUGAAUCCAUGUUGUGGUUGUGGUUUUAGCUGUUUUCGGUGUGCUGUCAAAAGUCUGCUGCUAGAAUGUGAGGUCAAGGGGAAUUUGCACCUACUAGAACUCUGUGCGGGAACAGAGAUAAAUAAUGAGCAUCCAUUUUUGUAGAAAACAAUCUCAGUCUGCACAACAUAAAUAUCAUAGUCUGCUAGGUAGUAUCAAGAGCUGGCUAAGCAAGGGCUGCCGCAAAGCCAACGGACAACCACAACAUUUCUUCUGACUGUAAAAAACCGGCACCAAUUCCCCCUUGACCUCACAGUUCUAGCAGCAGACGGAAAACAGGCAAAAAGCAUAGGAUCAGUUGAGCGUGGACUCCGGUCCAGGAAAAAUGCAGGGCAACAAGACCGUACAAGACCAUUCCCGGUCCCUGCAUUCAUGGACACCGGACAAGCAACAGUGCCAGUGUUCAAUAUUGUUGCCACCAAAAGCAAUACAACGGUCAAUACGGCUGCGGGCAUAUACCCCCAGGGGCACCAAUGGCUCAGAUAAUGAUACCGUAUGAUAGUACGACCCACAUUGAAUUUUUGGUAAUAUAGUAUGUCUUGUACCAAUGUGCCUAACUGAUGUUGAUGCUUUGUACAACAUGUCUGAAACUACAAGUAUUUAGGAGCAUGGCAUGUAUUCAUCAGCAAUUCAUCUGGUGGUUACUGGUAUCAAUAUUUAUAAGUACAAACACCUAUGGAGUACUUAACAUACCUUGUCUCAGGGAAGGGGAAGGUGGCGGCGAUCACCAUAGGUAGACCUGCGCUGAUGCCUGGUGUGCGCGAUUCCACUAUGCAUCACUCAGUGGUGGAGGAAGAAGGGAAGCCGUCGAAGGAGCUGCCUGUGGAAACACUGAAUACUGUGAAGAGGAAAAGGCAAUCAACUUAUGUCCAAAAUGCCGAGUCUCGCACUACUUCGGGGAAGGAGAAGGUGGUGGCGAUCACCACGUGUGAGCCUGCGCUGAAAUCUCGUGUGCGCGAUUCCACUACGCAUCCGCAAAAGGUUCAGAAGGAGAAGAAUGGACGCAAAAAUGGUUCUAAGAAGAUGAAGUUGGUGGAGGAAGAAGGGAAGCCGUCGAAGGAGCUGCCUGUGGAAACACUGAAUAUUGUGAAGAGGAAAAGGAAAUCAAGUAAUGUACAAAAUGCCGAGUCUCGUACUGCUUCGGAAUUACAUGGUGUUGUAUGGCCAACCCAUAUCAUGGAGAGGCCAGAUUCUGAAUUCAAGGAAAAGUUGAUGCGUCUUCUCCGCAAACCAUUUAGCCAGGGAGAAUGUGAUACGCUGCUUGACAAGGCUACGACUCGCCCUCCGGCAACAAUGAAAAGGCAAACACGCGGUGGCGUGAAGUACUACAACUCUGAACAUGAAAGGCAACCAUCAUAUUUUGAUGGUCACCCAGAUCUUGCGAAACAAGUACGUGUAGAAAGCGCCAGCAAACCCAACCAGUUAGCUCUGUUGCGUGGAUUUUUCUUCUGGAUGGAGAAUAUUGCGCAUCACGACCAAUUCAGGCCAUGGAGAGAUGAUUUCAAACAGUACAAAGUUACUAUGGUAGAAAUAGAAUGAGAUCACAAACAGAAUUACAGAAGAGUUUUGUGCUUUCUCGAUUGAGGUGGCAAAGCCCCAGUUUCUCCUUGUUUUACUAGUUUGGUCUCCAGUGUGCAUCUUACACUGGUUGCUAUUGUUAUUUUGUCUCCAAAAACGUAGAGCUGAUGCUACCAGAAACUAGUAGUAUAUCACUCCCCAAAAUCAAUUAUCUUCAGACAGGGGUAUACCAUAGUUUGCUCAGCUUUUUCUUUCAAACAGAAGGUUUAUGCGGUCAUAACGUUGGAGAGCAAGUGUGUACAAAUCAGCCUUUGGAUGGGAAAACAACUCUCUAGCGGAGUUAUAUACAUCAUUUUCUUUGAGUGAA